AAGGCAGAGGCGCUUCCGUCCCCUUCCCCGCCGCCGCGUGCGGGAAGCCGCCUCGGGGCUUCCCUUCGCCACGCCGUGCGCCUGGCUCGCCGUGGACAGCAGGCAGCAGCAGCUGCUGCGGGGACAUGGGGACAGAGGACAGCUUGCCCGCUCCUGGGGCAAAAAUAGCCAACGAGACCGCCAAAAGUGAAGCGACCCCCGAGGGAAGAAGGCACGCGAAGGGGCGGCCAUUCUGGUGCCUCUGACUGAGCCCUAAUUCGGACUCCUGGCUCGGGAGGUCAGCCUGAUACUCCUCCACCAGACAGUGGCCUUUACCAUGGAUGAGUGACUGACUGCGUUGCUCUUGGAGAGCCCCACAGUUGUAGCAGGUGGCCAGUGGGAGGAACUUCUCAUGCUGCUAGAUUCUCCAAGGACUAUUUCAGGGCCAGGGGGCAAAGGAAUUUUAAAAAAAUGGUCAGGAUCCACAUGCUAGACAUUCAGAAGUGGUGAACAAACAUGAAUAUUUUCACUCCCGUCAGCACAAAAAAUCUCUCUUCUGCUGCUAAUAUGUCUGGUCUCCUUUCAGGCAAAUUUGGAUACCAGCUGAACUUAACUAACAGUUCUCCUUCUAUGUCAAUAAGUAAGCUUUUCCCAGCCUUGUUACAAUGCUUUGGCAUUAUCCUUUGUGGAUAUAUAGCAGGAAGGGUUAACAUAAUCACAUCUACUCAGGCCAAAGGACUGGGAAACUUUGUGUCCCGCUUUGCACUACCAGCUCUGUUGUUCAAGAACAUGGUCGUUCUGAAUUUUUCCAAUGUGAAUUGGUCCUUCCUGUACAGCAUCCUGGUGGCCAAAGCAUCGGUGUUCUUCUUAGUCUGUGUUUUAACACUGUUGAUAGUCACUCCUGAGAGGCGGUUUAGCAAAGCUGGACUCUUUCCUAUUUUUGCUACUCAGAGCAAUGACUUUGCACUGGGAUAUCCUAUAGUUGAAGCUUUAUAUCAGUCUACAUAUCCAGAGUAUCUCCAGUACAUUUACCUGGUUGCACCAAUAUCACUCAUGAUGCUAAAUCCCUUAGGAUUUAUUUUCUGUGAAAUCCAGAAAUCAAGAGACAAUCAAAAUCUUUCUCUCAGCAAAAUCAAGAUUGUGGGACUUGGGCUUCUUCGAGUGUUGCAGAACCCCAUUGUAUUUAUGGUCUUCAUAGGAAUUAUCUCAAAUUUCAUUCUUAACCAAAAGAUUCCCAUAUAUUUGGAAAAUUUCCUUGAUGGACUUGCUAGUUCGUUUUCCGGUUCUGCACUUUUUUAUCUCGGUCUCACCAUGGUUGGGCAAAUAAAGAAACUAACAAGGGGUACAUUUGUCGCACUGAUCCUUCUCAUCACAGCUAAACUACUGUUGAUGCCACUUCUAUGCAGGGAAAUGGUGGAAUUGUUGGACAAGAGCGACAGUGCGGUCAACCACACCAGUUUAUCUAACUAUGCAUUUCUGUAUGGAGUAUUUCCAGCAGCUCCCGGUGUGGCUAUAUUUGCAACACAGUUUAACAUGGAAGUAGAAGUUAUAACCUCCGGCAUGGUGAUCAGCACUUUUGUCUCUGCCCCCAUCAUGUAUGUUUCUGCUUGGCUGUUGACCAUUCCAUCCAUGGAUCGAAACAAACUGGCGACUGCAAUCCAAAACGUUAGCUUUGACAUUAGCAUUGUCAGUCUUGUGUCUCUGAUCUGGUCCCUUGGUGUUAUUCUCUUGAGUAAAAAAUACAAACAGCUUCCUCACGUGCUUACAACUAAUUUGCUCAUUGCUCAGUUUGUGGCCUGCAUUGGAAUGGUAAUGUGGAAUUUCACUAUUGAGAAGAGAAAUAUCCCUGUGCAGAUUCUUGUGUUUGUUUUCCUGUACAGUUCACUUUAUAGUGCUUUUUUGUGGACAGGUCUCUUAUCUCUCUCUCUGCUGCUUUUGAAAAGAAGAGAAGCCAUACAAAUCCCCAUUGGAUUUAUUAUUGCAGCUGGCUGGGGUAUCCCAGCAGUUCUUGUUGGAGUCCUGCUAAUCACUGGCAAACACACUGACGCCAUUGACUCAGCGUUUUUUUAUGGACCUUAUCAGGUGAUCACCACAGCGGUGGUCGUGUCCAUCAGCAUUCUGACGUCAGGCAUCUCACUCAUGUGCAUGAACAGAUCUGGAGCAGAGGCCAACUAUGAGGCCCUGAGCCAGCAUUUGCCGCAGAGUCAAACAGAGGAAGCGGAAAGGGAAGUCAGUGAGCAAAGUAGAUCUUCAGCCAGUACAUCUCAUUCAUUGGCAGACUCUUGUAAGGAAAGAGGGUGCUGCUCAUGCCAAAAGCAGAAUGGAGGAUUAUGCUGUCUUGAAGGAGAGCCAGCAUCCAACACAAGUGCCAUUGAGAACUGCUCCUUAUCCAUUGAGACAGCAAAUCAGUGUCCAAGUCCAUGCAGCUCACAGAGGUGUGCAUUGGCGCAGGAAGAACACCUUCUGCAAACUGGAGACAAACAGCUAGCCAGACACGUGCUUCUCUGCCUACUUCUCAUUGUAGGCCUCUUUGCUAAUCUUUCCAGCUGUUUGUGGUGGUUGUUCAGCCAAGAACCUGGAAGACUGUAUGUGGAACUGCAGUUCUUUUGUGCUGUAUUUAAUUUUGGUCAGGGAUUUAUUUCUUUUGGAAUUUUUGGUUUAGACAAACAUUUAAUUAUUCUUCCAUUCAAAAGGAGAUUUGAAUUUCUCUGGGGAAAUAGAACAGUGGAAUGCAGGGAAUCAUCUGUACCUGAAGAGAUUCGGAUGACAUGUCAACAAUUCGUUAAUUACCACAAAGACACUUGUGUAAGGAGCAUUGUCCAAGGCAGAAGGUGUGGCUCAAAGACUGUAACUGGUAUCUUCUUUGGCUGUGACCUGGUGAAUUGGCUCGUGGAGGUUGGCCUUGCCUUAGACCGCGGGGAAGCUGUGGCGUAUGGAGACAGACUGGUGAAAGGAGGCAUCAUCGCGCAUAUAACCAAGGAAUUUGAGUUUCGGGAUGAACAGUUGUACUAUCGUUUUAUGCCUAGGAGAUUUACAAGAUAGCCAUAGAAGUGAAGAGGCACUUGGAAGAUAGCCAGAAAGAGUUUGCCCAAACAUGAGCACUCUCUCUUUUGCAUCCUCUUAGCUAAUACGGUUUGUCUCCGACCCAAAGAGAAUGAUGUCUUGAAUAUUGAAUGCAACUAUGACCUGCUUCAGGGAACUCUUUUAAAUCAUGGAAAGUCAAAGUGUAAUAUGUUCAGUACUCAGUUUUGGUUUUUGAAAUAUGUUUUAAUAUAGUUUUCUUGCAUAUGUAAGCAGUAGUGUGGAUAAACCAGAUUUUGAAGAAAUGGUUGUUCUCUCUCUCCAAUUCGAUUCUGGUUUUGUAUUACAUGAAAAAAAGCCCACAAGGUCAACUAUUAAAACAUGUUUUGGCUUGUGUAACCUUUACUCCUUUUUCAAGAUGAACUUCUCUAUUUAUAUUGACAUAACUGUGAAGAUCAAUAUGGUUUCGAUAUGGUUUGUCAGUGGAACUGACAAAUAUGCUGAUUUUUUCUGUUAAUAAUUCUUGCUCUUUUGUGAGUGAGCCAGCCCUAAAGAACCAAAUGUAACCUGCAAUCCUGCCAUCAGGGCUGCUUGAAUUUCAGUGGUCAGUGAGAUUUAAAGCCACUUAUGUCAUGCAGGCCUUAUUGCCCAAGUAUUGCUUGUUUUCCAGAUUGUCCCCUAUUCCGAGAAAGCAGCUGGCAUAUAACCAUUGAAAACAGAACCAUUAAUUGCAGCAACUCAAUGCAUUAUGCAGAUUCUGACUUCAGUUGAUGAUUGUGCAGUUGUGGUUACUUUUUACUUCCUAACUAGACCAAAAGCCUAUUAAAAACACAUGCCAAAUACUUGAAUUAAAUUUGAAUACUACAUCAGUAUGCUUAAAGAAGUAUAAUUGCUAUUUUGUUAUAUAUAGGUUUGAGAAAUGGAUUAACUUAAUGGCUACAUUCAGUCAAACGCCAAUAACUGCCCCAUUACAACUUCUAUAUUUUAUACUUUUGUUGUCUACGUUGUCCAUUUCUUUUUUACUCAAACUAAUAUUGCAGGCUAAUAAAAGAAUGGCCAUUUUAUUGACCUUUUUAGAAGGCAAGCAGAGUGUUAAACACUUACCAAUCAAUAAUUUGUCGCGACUGUAUUUCUAUUGUGAGAUUUCUUGGUUCCCUUCAUCUAACCUUUUUCUUGUCACAGUGGUGGCAAGAGGUAUGGAUGGUAUUUGACAGAAGCCUUCCUGAACUUGAGGCUGUUACAAUUUAGUAGGAGGAGUCAGUCCUAACAGCUUGAGGUAUAAUCAGCAUUUUCUGUAGCCACACUGCAUGUACUUCAACAAGAUAAAUGACUUCCUUUUGUUGUCAAACAUGUAAUCUGUGUAAUAUCGAUGGCACACAAGAACAGACCCACUGACCAUGUUCCUUCUGUAUUGUAUAAUAGACCUACCUUCCACAGUGAGUUUUAUAUAAAAUGUGGUUUUAAUUUGAUUUGUAGUUGAAAUGGAAAGAAUGCUGCUAUUAAAUUUCUAAAUCAUGAAUUUUGUCUAAUUUGGAAGAAUGACAGAGAAAUAUUUUGGAAGUAGUUGGUCUUUCUGCAUUCUUAGUGUUGCUGUUUCUCAAUAAAUUCAGAUGUUCUGUCCUAUA